AUGCCAUCUAUGGUGGUUCUGGUGCCGCCCUUCUUCCAGCGAGAUGUCCGAGGACUGUCCCGCUUCUGUCGUUCCUCGUACGACUACCUUGGCAAUCGCAAGCAGCUGUCUCGCUUGCUCCGAGACCACCUGUCUUCGGAUCUCUGCGGGCGGCUGCUGCUCUCCCCUCCGGACGACCCACGGGUCAGUGUACGAGCCAAGUUGCGACACGCAGGCGGCUCUAUGGUUCUUCGUUGGCAGCCGGCAACCGCCACUGCCGUACACACCUUUUUGGAGAUGGCCGCCAACCUAAAUUCCCCCCGGGGUGACGUGUGUGUUCGUGGCAGCUACCUGCAUCCGGGCACCGGACUGGGGGCCUUCAUGGUGGCCCCCCUGGAGCGGAGGGGGGGGCCGGCGGCGGCGGAGGGGGCAGCGCAGGUCGGAGUGCGGUACAGUUCAACUAAUGCAACUGCCGGCGCCAUUUUCAUCCCCCGACGGGGUGACCUGGACAAGUUGUGGCUGGUAGGAGCGGCAGGUUCCCCCUUCACCGCCUCCGUGGAAAUGGCGGAGGGGGGUCCACUCACAUUUUCAUUCUUCCAACAUGUAGCCGUUACAAGGCAGGUGGUUAACCCGUUUGAGGAGGAUGAGCUGGGGUCUCAUCACGUACAAACACAUACACACGUAUACAAAUACACACAUACACGUCGGUCGCGACGGAUCAACAAGAACUGGCUCCUCAAGGGGCGUGUGGGCAGUCAGUGCGCCUCUGCGGCCGUGGGAGCGCGCGUGUGGCAUGCGGUCAGCGCCUACCUCACGGCGUGUGUGGAGGUGGACUUUGCCAGGCCCACCAGUCCUAGGUACGGCGUGGAGCUGUGCGUGGAGAAUUUUGGCCCUCUGCAGUACGAGCGCGGCGCAGAUGACGUGGCGGUGGGUCGGGCGCUGCUCCAGCGGCACGAGGCCUCCCCCCAGGACCUGGACAACUUCGCGGGGAGGGGGGUGCUGGUACGGCGCAACGCCCAGGAUCACGGAGGUCCAAGCGACCAGACUCGCGCCCAGAAGCGGGAAGUGGAGGAGGCGGCGCGGCGGCGGGUGGCUGAGCUGAUGUGA